GUAUAUUAGUAUCCUCUCUGCUCGGGUGCAUCUCCUACUUUUCGACCUUCUUUAUCUCCUGCUCUGUCUGAACUAGGUUUGCUAUGGCAGGACGGCUGGUCAUUCGAGGAGUACUGAUUCUUUGCUUGGUACAGGCAGCACACACGGGGGGUUAUAGCGCCUCAUAUGGAGCUUCCAAUGGACAAGGACCUCAUCCUAACGGAAAUGUCCCUCAGCGUGGUGGCAGACUGGGAUCAUUCCUAAUCCCAUCUAAAGGAGUUGGACGGACAUUGGGACAACAAAAUGGACACACUGGGUAUCCAACAAAAGGAAAUGGUUAUGGAGCUGUCGCUGGGAUGAACAAAGGAUCCGGAGUCAAUAGAGGAAAUCAAGCCGUCUUAUCCUCUAGAAGUGGAUCCAUGACUAAUGGAUAUGGACUGAAAGCUGGCUCAUCAAUUGGACAACAACUGAAAGGUUACACUACUCAGAAUGCUGCCUAUGGAGGACAAGGAACUAGAGGAGGAAAUCUGGCCUCUUUACCUGCAGGAGGUGGAGCUGCUAAUGGAUAUGGAUAUAAAGCCGGAACAGCAAAUCUGCAACAAAUGAGAGAAUAUGGAGUUAUAUCUGGUCCAUCCAGCAGACAACAACCCAGAGGAGGUUACGAGGCUCCAGCUGGUAGAUAUGUCGCACAAGGAACCAAAGGCAAUGGUUAUAGUGCUCCUGCAGGUGCGUACGGUGGACAAGGAAAUAAAGGUUACGCUGCUCAAGCAGGUGGAUUCGCAUCAUAUGGAGGACAAGACACUAAAGGCAACGGUCAAAGCCUUGCAGCUGGACCAUCCAGUGGGACCCUCACAAGGCAAGAUGGUCAAGGAGGACAUGGAGGGAAUCCCAUGAAGGGAUAUAACCAACCUCCUUUUAGGCCAGCGGUGGGAAUGGGAUAUUUCAAAGGUCCCCAACCUGCCAGAAACCAAGGGCAGGCAUAUGCUGGUAAUGGCUAUAAUGGGUACAGAACUAAAGGUUUCAAUGGCGGCUAUGGCAGUGCUGGUUUGGGUCUGGGACCUCGGUAUGGAAAUGGAGCAAAGGGGCCAAUGAAAGGUUAUGAUGGAUCAGCUGGUAUAGUAAACGGACAAGGUUCACAAUUGAAUGGUCGUGCUGCAGUCAGAUCACCAAAUGGUAAUGGAGCCAUGCCAAAUGGUUAUGGAAACCUAAACAAAGGAGCUGCAAAGGCUGCUAAAACAGAAUUUUCCAAUCACUUCAAUAGUCGAGGUGCCAUUUCUAAAGGGUAUGGGAAUUCCAGGGGAGUUGCUGCAAUGCCUCAACAAGGGUAUUCAAACGGAGCAAGUCCAAAUGGGUAUGGAUACAACCCUAUAGGUUAUGGAGCUGCUGCUGGAGCUGUCAAAGGAUUUGGUCCCCAAAUAAAUGGCCAAGGAGUUAGCAGAGCUGCUGCACAGGGGGGGCAAGGACCCAGACCUGAGGGCUAUGGAUUGGUUAAUGGAAAAGGUCAAGCUUUAAGAGGAGCAGAUGUACCAUAUGGUAAAAGCCUUAAAGGCGGAGUUCUGCCUUCUCAACAACAGACUGCAGCAUCAGUGAAGGGUGGAAUACAUCAGCAGGUUAUAACUCCAGGUGAAGUACCUGCUGCUCCCAGUGCUACCAGUGGUUUCCACAACCAGGAGGCCAAUGACAAGUACCAACAGCUGCAUUCACCUGUGUUACAAAACAAAAUGUACAAACAGACACAGCUAAACCUUGAGUCCAAUCCAGAGUCAGCUCCAGCACUUCCUGCUGCCAGAUACACCGACCGUCAGCCUGGACCUGAACUGGCACCUGUGGGUCUUCAGGAUGGGGGUCAAAAAGGAACCAUAUAUGGAACCGUACCAGAACCAAGAGCGGUUCUUCCUCCAGGUUAUGUGGCUGGAAGUGCUGUUCCUGAGCAGAGCUCUGCAGAAUCAGAUGUUGUUUUUGGUGUAGAUGGAACAGGUGACCAUCAAAGUACCAGAGCCAUAAAAACCAAAGCUGUUUCUGGGUCAGCUGAGAGCACAGAUAAUGUCUCUCCUGAGGAAACACAGAGUGUGGCUGCAGCAGAGAGGACAUACGUCAAGAGUCAGCCUGAAACAGGACAGGGAAAUCUCCCAGAUGGGGAACCUGAGAAUGGCAGAGUUUCUGUCUCCGGCGGUCAAGGAGCUAAACCAGCCAAACCUGACUGUGGACCAUAUGGACAAUGGAUGAAGAGAUUAAAAUCUGGUUAUAAAGGUAAUCUCAACAUUCCAGGAGUUGGUAAUGGACAUCGAGCAGGUCUUGGGUAUCCCCAUGGUGGAAAAAUUGCACAGCCUGGUUACGGACAAGGAAUCCAGCCUGCAGCCGGUUAUGGACAUUUAUAUGGAGUAGGAAACAUGGGCUUAGGUAAAGCAGCCAAAUUAGAUCCUGUGAAUAGUUUUGGUGUUGUUGGACAACCUGAUUAUGCAACUCUUGGCCAAGUUACACCCAUUGAGCAGUCAGGCGGCACCAUGCAGGUCUUAUUUAGUGAAGCCCCAGUCAUCUCUGCUGGAAUUGAUGGAAAAAGUCAGCUGGAGGCUCAGGCUGCACGCUUUCUUCCAAAUGGAGCGCCUCCUAGUGGCCAAACACUUGGAAUGGCUUCAGAGAAAUCCAACGCCAAAUAUGGUGGUGCUGGGCUACAUAUUGGCCAACCUGUCAAUCUGGACAAUAAUGGUGUAAGAAAUUAUGGUUAUGGAGUUAACCCAUAUGUGCCUGCAGGUGAAGCCAAAGCAAAUGGAAAAUAUGAGGGCCUUGGUGUCAGUGUGAGGGAGGACCCUAUGUCUGCACAAUACGGACAAGGAGGGAUUCUCAACAGUGGACAAUUUUUAGGCCUUGGUAGUGAAGGAAAUAUACCAGGAAAAUAUGGUUAUGAGACACUUCCUUAUGAUGUUCAACCAGCUGGCCUAACUCCUGGGGCAACAUCUACAGGUCCCAUUGGAUCACCAUACCAUUCUGCACCAUCCGGCUUUGAAAAUAAUGGGAAAGACGUAUCAAAAUAUGGUGACAGAGAAGUUCCCUAUGUUCCACAGAUUCUUGGAUUUGGGGGAGAAGCACAAAAUGCAAAAUACGCAGGUGCACAAGGAGUUUACCAGACACAGCCUCUUGAACCUGCAACUGGAGAUAUGACUGGCAUGAUGUACGACCACCAAACUACAAAAACAGAGUCGGCAGGAAAACCCUAUGUAAAAGGAGAGGUUCCAUCAUCAGCUUUUACAGUUCAAGAAAACGUGGGGUACAUUAGAGGAAACAUGAAUCUAGAAGCUCCCACUUCCAGCCCUGCCACAGAGCACUCGCACAACCUUCCAGGUUCCUUUACAACAGAUGACAGCAUGCAGGAUUUAACCAAUGCUGAUGGCAGAACUGCUCCAGAGUCACAAGGCGAGCAUCAUGUUUCUGAUCAUGAAGACGAGCAGCUGCCACGUCAGAUUCAAAUCCAGCAGCAUCUCAAACUACAUUUUCACCCACAAGGGGAAAAGAAAUUUGAUUUGAAUGGCUUCUUUGGGAAUAGUGACCAUCAAGAUUGACUCGGCUGAGAAAACACAAAAAUGCCUGCCAUUUUUCCCAACCCA